AUGAAUUCCUCAUCUCACCUGCCUUUCGUGGACCUCAACUUGAAUGCCACAGAAGGCAACCAUUCUGGACCAAAUGUCAAGAACAGGUCUUCGCCGUGUGAAGACAUGGGCAUCGCUGUGGAGGUGUUCCUGACUCUGGGGCUCAUCAGCUUGCUGGAGAACAUCCUGGUCAUCGGCGCCAUCGUGAAGAACAAGAACUUGCACUCUCCCAUGUACUUCUUCGUGUGCAGCCUAGCAGUGGCUGACAUGCUGGUGAGCAUGUCCAACGCCUGGGAGACCAUCACUAUCUACUUAAUCAAUAACAAGCACCUGGUGAUCGCGGACGCCUUUGUGCGUCAGAUUGACAACGUGUUUGACUCCAUGAUCUGCAUUUCCGUGGUGGCCUCCAUGUGUAGUUUGCUGGCCAUUGCGGUGGACAGAUACGUCACCAUCUUCUACGCCCUGCGGUACCACCACAUCAUGACAGCGAGGCGCUCUGGGGUGAUCAUCGCGUGCAUCUGGACCUUCUGCACCGGCUGCGGCAUCGUCUUCAUCAUUUACUACGAAUCCACCUACGUCAUCAUCUGCCUCAUCUCCAUGUUCUUCACCAUGCUCUUCCUCAUGGUGUCUCUGUACAUCCACAUGUUCCUCCUGGCACGGACCCAUGUCAAGCGGAUAGCGGCUGCCCCCGGGUAUACUUCCGUACGGCAGAGGACAAGCAUGAAGGGCGCCAUCACGCUCACCAUGCUGCUGGGUGUGUUCAUCGUGUGCUGGGCUCCCUUCUUCCUUCAUCUCAUCUUAAUGAUUUCGUGCCCUCAGAACCUCUACUGCUCUUGUUUCAUGUCCCACUUCAACAUGUACCUCAUCCUCAUCAUGUGUAAUUCCGUGAUCGAUCCUCUGAUAUAUGCCUUCCGCAGCCAGGAGAUGCGCAAGACCUUUAAAGAGAUUAUUUGUUGCCAUGGCUUCAGAAUAGCCUGUAGGUUCCCUGGCAGAUAUUAAACACGAAGUUCUCCUCUCUAUGGCUCUCUUCUUCCUCCUCCUUUACCGAUGACAGGGUCGGUCAG